AUGGACUAUACAGCUUCUUAUAGAGCUCUUAAACACGCACAAGAGUUGGUUUGGGGAACAGCAAAAGAAGGUUACGCUAAUCUGCCUGCUUACUUGGAAAGAAUUAAGGAAGCGAACCCUGGAAGUGUUACUGAUCUUGUGCGUGACCCAGACGACCGUUUCAAGUACUGUUUCUUAUCAUUUGGAGCUUCAAUAGCUGGUUUUCAGUACUUGGGAAGAGUCAUUGUGGUGGAUGGGACUCAUUUAACUGGGACAUAUGGGGGAGUUCUACUUGUCGCAGCCGAACAGGACGGGAACUUUCAAAUAUUCCCCUUAGCUUUUGCAAUUGUCGACGCUGAGGACAGCGAAUCAUGGAAGUGGUUUUUCAACAAGCUCCGAGAUUGCUUUAUGCAGCAUCCGCCAAUGGUCAUAGUGUCUGACCGAGCCAAGGCCAUUGCUAGAGCAUGUGAGAUCGUGUUUCCUUGGGCACUAAGAGGAAUAUGUUACUAUCAUCUCCAAGGUAACAUAAUCAAGGAUUUCCAUGCAAAAGAGAUCAUGUAUAUGGUUAAGGGUGCAGCUUACGCUCAUACAGUUCCUGAGUAUAACUGCUACAUGGACCUCAUUCGAGCUGCAAAACCUGAGUUGGCAACUUACCUAGAGGAAGCAGAUCCGAAAUUGUGGUCAAGAGUUCAUUUUCCCGGUGAUAGAUACAACAUAAAGACGAGUAACAUCGCCGAAUCAAUUAACUCGGCUGUUAAGAAGGCAAAAGGAUAUCCCAUUCCAAAGCUUUUGGAAUUUAUAAGGGAGAAGCUUGGGAGAUGGUUUACCAAGAGGCGUGAGGAUGCUAUGAGUCUCACAACUACCCACAGCAGAGGAGUUGAGUACAUUUUAGUUGUGCGUUCAGACUAUGUGGCAAGUAUGACCGCUGAACGCAUAGACACUUGGUGUUAUCACGUAAAGGGAGGAAAACCUGAUUGCAAUGUCGACUUGUUCCGCAGAACGUGCUCUUGUGGGGUGUAUGAUGUUGAGAAAAUUCCUUGUAAUCAUGUCAUUGCAGCCGCAGCCACAGCAAACGUACUAAUGUCCCAUUACGUGUGCGAUUGUCAUUCUAAACUUUGCUUGUAUUCAACCUAUGCACAUCCGAUCUAUCCUAAGGCGGGAUCUGACUCACACGUAAAGAAACAACCGUGUUUGAUUCCAGUUGAAAAGGUCCCUCCUGGCAGGAAGAAGAAGUCGAGGUGGCUAACUUGGCUAGAAAUGUCGAGGAAGAAAAACAAUAAACCGAGGAAGAUGCACAAGAAGUACAGCUUCUCUAAGUGUGGGGAAGCAGGACAUACUCGCCCAAAAUGCGUAAGCUCAUCACCUAUAUCCUUCUUUUGUAUCCAUCUUGAAAGUCUUUAA